AUGUCCGCUAACUUAGAUAAGUCCUUGGAUGAAAUUAUUGGCUCUAAUAGAGCAGGAGGUAAUAGAGCCCGUGUUGGCGGUACUCGUGGUAACGGCCCAAAAAGAGUUGGUAAGCAAGUCAGCAGUCAACGCAGGAACAUUCCAAACAGAAAUGGUCCUAUCAGAAAAAAUAUCAGGGCUCCUCCAAGCGCAGUCGCUAGAGUUGCCAAGCUUUUGGAUACCUCUAGAGAAGUCAAAGUUAACGUUGAAGGUUUGCCAAGGGACAUUAAGCAAGAUGCUGUAAGAGAAUUUUUUGCAUCCCAAGUUGGUGGUGUUCAGAGGGUUUUAUUGAGUUAUAACGAAAGAGGCCAAUCUACUGGUAUGGCUAAUAUUACAUUUAAAAACGGCGAUUUGGCUAGAAGAGCUGUUGAAAGAUUCAAUGGUUCUCCAAUCGAUGGUGGUAGAUCGAGGCUGAGGUUGAACUUAAUUGUUGAUCCAAACCAACGUCCUGUCAAGAGCUUAGCUGACAGAAUCAAGGCCAUGCCACAAAAGGGUGGAAAUACUCCGAGACCCAUCAAGAGAGGCCCAAAUAGAAAGGCCGCUAUGGCUAAACCUCAAAACAAGCAAAAGAGAGAAAGACCUGCCAAGAAGAGUCUAGAGGACCUGGACAAGGAAAUGGCCGACUAUUUUGAAAAGAAAUAA